AUGGAUAUACGACUAGCUAUAUGUAAUCUCAUUUCUGUAGUUUCUAACUUUGUCACGGAAACAAAGUUGAAAGGAUAACUCGAUUAGCUCUACUUGUUAAGCAUUAAACCUGAUUCUAAUUUGUAGGAAAUUGAAAGAAAAAUGAUUAACUUAGGAAAGAACACUAAAGCCCAUCAUAGGAUAAAUUCAUAGCCAGCUGUACUCCCUUCACCUAAACAAAAUAAAGUUUAAUCAAUGUCAGGAGUCAACACACCUGCAUUUUCAGGUGGAAUGCAUAACAAGGCAAUUGGUUUUGGAAGUAGAAUACAAUAUACCACUCCUUUUGUAUCAAAUAGAGAAAAAGAUGAAAAACAUAAAAAUAUGUCAGAUAGGUAAAUCUCUUUUAAAUUUGAAAUCUCAAAACCUUCACCCAAAAAUAUCACAGAAUUUAAGUCUAUUGACAAACAAAUCGUGGAUAUAACUUAAAAACUAAAAUUGAACUCUGGUAUAUAACAAUCUUCUAAUGUGGUUCCAGUAUUACAAUCAGAAUUAGAGGCAUAUCCACAAAAUACAAUAACUCUUAAAAGUUUACCUAUUAAAAAUGAUAAUUAUUAAUAACAACUUGGGGAAGAACGUAAAGAGAAAUAAUAUGAUUAGACAAAGAUUUCAGGUAGAAUGCUAGAUCAGAUUAAUUAGAAUAUGAAAGAGAUGAAAUAAAAUACUUUUAAAUUAAUAAAAGUAUUUGAAAAUACUCAUGAAAUAAAGACCCAAUCUUCUUUCGAACAUUGUCGUUAGGUAGAUACAUCUUUCAUUUCACCAUUCAGAAAAUUAAGAAAUGUAAGUUGAAUUUCUAUAAAUCUAGCCUCUUUUUAACGGAAUUCAUGGUAAAAUUACAGAUUAAGAUUUACAUUAUAUAUAAUAAAACUUUUUGAUGAAAAAGCUGAUUGUAAAGGCCAAAAAGAAUGAAAAGAUUGAAUUUGAGCCAAUUAAGAUGGAUGUAUUCUUUGUAACAAGUGUUAAGGGAUGA